AUGAGUCUCAAGAUGGACAACCGGGAUGUUGCAGGAAAGGCUAACCGGUGGUUUGGGGUGGCCCCCCCCAAGUCUGGAAAAAUGAACAUGAACAUCCUUCACCAGGAAGAGCUCAUUGCUCAGAAGAAAAGGGAAAUUGAAGCCAAGAUGGAACAGAAAGCCAAGCAGAACCAGGUGGUCAGCUCACAGCCUGGAGAAAUUACAAAUGCAAACGACUCCUCCUCCAUUUCCAACAAAUUUGCCAACGAUGGCAGCUUCCUGCAGCAGUUUCUGAAGUUGCAGAAGGCGCAGUCCAGCACAGAUGCCCCUCCCAGUUCAGCCAGUGCUCCUCCAAGCACACCCACCCCCAGCGCUGUGAAGAGGCCCCUCCUGAUCAGCAAGCGGGCAAGCCUAGGGCUGGGCGGCCCACCAGGCCUAGGGAAGACAUACUCACAUGCCAAGCAGCUCCCUGUGGCCACCCGGCCAAGCGUCUUCCAGUCCCCAGAUGAUGACGACGAGGAGGACUACGAACAGUGGCUGGAGAUCAAAGUUUCACCCCCAGAGGGAGUCGAGACUCGGAAAGUGAUAGAGAAACUGGCCCGCUUUGUGGCGGAAGGCGGCCCUGAGCUAGAGAAGGUGGCCAUGGAGGACUACAAGGACAACCCUGCCUUCUCGUUUUUGCAUGAUAAGAACAGCAGGGAUUUCCUCUACUAUAGAAAGAAGAUAGCUGAGAUGAGGAAGGAGGCACAGAAGGUGCAGACAGCCUCUCAGAAAGUUUCACCCCCAGAGGAUGAAGAGGCCAAGAACCUUGCAGAAAAGUUGGCCAGGUUCAUAGCGGAUGGGGGUCCAGAGGUGGAGACCAUUGCACUCCAGAACAACCGUGAGAACCAGGCCUUCAGCUUUCUGUAUGAACCCAACAGCAAAGGGUACAAGUACUACCGCCAGAAGCUGGAAGAGUUUCGGAAGGCCAAGGCCAGCCCCACAGAUCCCCCCAUCGCCCCUGACCUUGGCUUGAAGAGCCAGUCCCCCCCUGAGGCCCUGUCAGCAUCCGUGCUUCCCACUGCCACCUGCCCAGCCUCAUCUGCCACCACCGCACCCUCUACCACCCCUGUACCCAACACUGUCCUGGCCACUGCCCCUGGGAAGCCAGCCACUGCAGCCACCACAAAGAGGAAGCGGAAGAGCCGCUGGGGGCCUGAGGAGGACAAAGUAGAGCUCCCACCCGCCGAGCUGGUGCAGAGGGAUGUGGAUACUGCCCCCUCGCCACUGUCAGUUCAGGACCUCAAGGGGCUUGGCUAUGAAAAGGGGAAGCCUGUGGGCCUGGUGGGUGUCACAGAGCUAUCAGAUGCCCAGAAGAAGCAGCUGAAGGAGCAGCAGGAGAUGCAGCAGAUGUAUGACAUGAUCAUGCAGCACAAGCGUGCCAUGCAGGACAUGCAGCUGCUGUGGGAGAAGGCACUGCAGCAGCACCAGCAUGGCUAUGACAGUGACGAAGAGGUGGACAGUGAGCUGGGCACCUGGGAGCACCAGCUGCGGCGCAUGGAGAUGGACAAGACUCGGGAGUGGGCCGAGCAGCUAACCAAGAUGGGCCGGGGCAAACACUUCAUUGGAGACUUCCUACCACCAGAUGAACUAGAGAAGUUCAUGGAGACCUUCAAGGCCCUAAAGGAGGGCCGGGAGCCUGACUACUCAGAAUACAAGGAGUUCAAGCUGACGGUGGAGAACAUUGGGUACCAGAUGCUGAUGAAGAUGGGCUGGAAGGAGGGCGAAGGCCUGGGUUCUGAGGGCCAGGGCAUCAAGAACCCCGUUAGCAAGGGCACUACCGCUGUAGAUGGUGCUGGCUUUGGCAUUGACCGACCGGCUGAACUUUCUAAGGAGGAUGAUGAGUACGAGGCUUUCCGCAAGAGGAUGAUGCUGGCCUACAGGUUCCGGCCCAACCCCCUGAACAACCCCCGGCGGCCUUACUACUGA